AUGCCGUCGUCAACAGCGCCCUCCAGCACUCCAACCACACCCGCAUGCAUCACCGCCAUCCCUGACUCAAACGGCCACGUCCCGCCCUACGCCUGCAACGCGCUCUACCAAUACAACCCCUCCCUCGCCGCCGCCAUAGUCUUCGCCCUCCUCUUCGGCCUCCUCACAGUCGCACACAUCGGCCUCGCAGUCCUCCAUCGAAAGCGCUUCUGCUGGGUACUCAUCACAGGAGCAAUCUGGGAGUUUGUCUCCUUCAUCCUACGCGCGCUCGGCACUCGAAACCAGCAGAACGAAGCGUUGGUUAUCUUGUCUACACUGCUCUUCCUAUUAGCGCCACUGUGGAUCAACGCUUUCGUGUAUAUGACUGCGGGCCGGCUGGUGUACUUCUUGCAUCCGCGGAAGAAGCUAUGGCGUAUCGAAGCGGUCAAGAUAGGACGUUGGUUUGUGGGGCUUGAUAUCUUUAGUUUCAUUGUUCAGGCUGCGGGAGGAGUGAUGAUGAACCCGCAGGCUGGUGCUAAGACCAAUGGGUACGGCAAGAACGUGUAUAUGGUUGGUGUGGGUGUGCAGCAGGUCUUCAUUCUUAUGUUUCUGGCCUUGAUUAUCAGGUUUCAUCUGGAUAUGCUGAGGGUGGAGCGCCAAGGUCGAGAGGAUACGGAGAGUGACCGACGGGCAGGUACGGUGCGUUGGAAGUUGCUGACGUAUACGCUGUAUGCUGUCCUUGUGCUCAUCACGACGCGUAUCAUCUUCCGGUUGAUCGAGUUCUCGGCUGGAGUCAAGGGUGCGACGAACGUUCUCGUUGGCACAGAGGGGUAUGUGUUGGGAUUGGAUGCUGUACCGAUGGUGCUGGCUCUGGUGUUGCUGGCAGCGGUACAUCCUGGUAUCGUCUUGAAAGGGUCUGGAAGCGAAUUUCCGUCGCGCAAGGAGAGGAAGGCGGCCAAGAAGGCCGAGAAAGAAUCGCGCAAGACUGGUAAUUACUUGCUCGAAAGUACCAAGAGUGGCCCUGUAGUGGAAGAGAGUAUGCGUAUGGAUCGGGGGGCAAGUCACGGUGUGUGA